AUGCUCAAAGUUCCAUAUCAAUCUGCCUGUUUCAGUCGUCAAAUCAACUUUUACCACUUCGCCAUUGUUCUGGGAAAUUCAAAGGCUAAACUGGACAAAUAUAACAUUCAUUCCUACUAUUGGGAUGAAACUUCCCACUGCAAAGAUAGUAAUGAGAUAAUUAACGCAGUGUACGAUUUCUUGAAAAACUUAGAAUUUGGAGAUAAAAAUAAAAAUUCCACGAAUAGUGACGACGGUAGCGCCGGGCAAAACAAACAUACAGGCAUGAACAUGAUAGCUCGUUUAGCUCGUUUAAUAAAUGGCUGUGCACAGAAGCCCCAACAAAUAUCAAAAAACUAG